UUUUUCCAGAACAUCAUCAGUACUUUUUGGCAGUGGCAUUCUCAUCCUGGAGGAGGGCAUCUUUCUAAGGUGAAGUCAAGACCUAGAGCAACAUGGACCUCGAUGUGCUGAACAUGUUUGUAAUAGCUGGAGGCACCCUGGCUAUCCCGAUUCUAGCAUUUGUAGCAUCCUUUCUCCUGUGGCCUUCAGCACUGAUCAGAAUUUAUUAUUGGUACUGGCGUCGAGCACUUGGUAUGCAGGUUAGGUACGCAUACUACGAUGACUACCAGUUCUGCUAUUCCUAUCGAGGGAGGCCUGGGAACAAACCAUCCAUACUGAUGUUACAUGGAUUUUCUGCCCACAAAGACAUGUGGCUGUCUGUAGUCAAGUUCCUGCCGAAGAAUCUGCACUUGGUGUGCGUUGACAUGCCUGGCCAUGAAGGCACUACCCGGUCAUCCUUAGACGACUACUCCAUUAAUGGGCAAGUUAAAAGAAUUCAUGAGUUUGUUGAGUGCAUCAAGCUGAAUAGAAAACCCUUUCACCUGGUUGGCACUUCAAUGGGUGGAAAUGUUGCAGGAGUUUAUGCUGCUCAAUACCCUGCAGAGGUUUGCAGCCUGUCUCUUGUGUGCCCUGCAGGUCUGCCAUAUCCAACUGAUAACAAAUUCCGUAAGUUUUUGCGGGAGCUGAAAGAGUCGGAGGGCAUUGACAGGAUUCCUUUAAUUCCAUCAACCCCUGAAGAAAUGGCUGAGAUGCUCAAACUUUGUUCUUAUGUUCGCUUUAAAGUACCCCAACAAAUUCUGCAGGGCCUCGUCGACGUCCGCAUCCCCCACAAUGAAUUCUACCGCAAAUUGUUCUUGGAAAUUGUCAAUGAGAAGUCCGUAUACAAGCUUCACGAGAACAUGAGUAAGAUCAAAGCCCCGACGCAGGUCAUCUGGGGAAAACAAGACCAGGUCCUGGAUGUAUCUGGAGCAGAUAUUCUAGCGAACUCCAUUCCUGACUGUCAUGUGCAUAUUCUGGAAAACUGUGGACACUCGGUGGUAGUGGAAAGGCCCAGGAAGACUGCGAAGCUCAUCUUAGAAUUUUUAGCCUUGGUGCACAAUGCAGAGAACAGCAAAAAACUCGCUUGAGCUUCAUGUAGAGCUGAGCACCUGAACAAGCUGUUUUGAGUUGUGAAGUGCUGAUGCUUUGAUAAGUUCUCAGGGAUCUUGUACAAAGUGGGGUGAAUGUGCCAAAGUCCCUGAGGAAGCCAGAAUCAUUGAUACAUAAAUCUGUAGUGCUUUCAACACACAGUGACCUAAGGGAUCAUAGAACAAUUUUCAUUUUUUUUAUACAUAAAUUAGAAAAUGAGCUGAAAUCAGAAAAUUCUAGCCAUGGAAUGCACCAAAAACUCUUUCUGUAGCCCAUGUUCUGUGAACUUAUGUAAUGGUAAACGUCUUGGAACAUAGGUGUUAAUGACAUUCACUUAGGAUAUAUAAGAAGUAUGGAAGGGGGAAAUGUCAUAGAGUGUGAUUUAAGCUACGUCUGCUCUUUAGAACCUAUUGCAUUGCAUGAUAAGUUGUUAUAAGAGAAUUCUAAUGUUCCAGGCAUUUGCUAAAGUGCUGUUUCUGUAGCUCAUUAGCCUCUGACUUAUGCAGAAAAUGGAAGCCACGCACACACAACCUAAUUUGCAGAAGUAAAAUGACCGUGUACCCAAAAUGUUUACACUUAUUGUAGGUGGACUUUUUAGUCCCUGAACAAUUCCUAUGUAUAGAUAGAUAUUUUGCUGCCUUAACAGUCCAGAAUAAUGAGGUACUUCUACAGCUUGGCCUCUCUUUGAUGGAGGAUAUUUUUCUUUUGAUGUUAAGCCUCUGUUGUAUAUAACAACCAGCACUACAGAGACCGUUUCAGAACAGUUAAAGCAAGUGGAAAGAUACUCCCAGACCUAUUUAUUCUUUUUAGAUUUGGGGCCUAAGCAAGCAAUAAUCCUGUAGAUAGAAGCAUGACUGAUCAAAUUCAGGUUAACACUAGGGUGAGCUCUUAUCUCAGCUCUUUUCUAUUCUAUCGUGCUGCUGAAUAUUUUGAUGUAAAUAAUGAGUCUCUUAAUGAAUUCCGUGAAUUCUGUGACUGGUAAAUGUCAUUGCAAACAAGUAUAAGACCUAAGUGAAAUGAAAUAAGCAUCAUAACAACUAGGUACUGUACAGGCUCCUGUAAUUCCUAAACUCGUACGAUGUGAGUUGGUAGCAGGUGUAUUGUAUCUCAUUUUAAAAGGCGUUUUAAAAUGUAGUGGUGCAGACAAGUACAAGUUCAGUAGCGUUUCCUUUGGGCGACUUACCUCUGAUUUCCCUUGUGACUUUUCUCUAAAUGAAACCAUGGAUCAAGAUGGAAGAGCCAGACUAGUUGAGUCUCCUUACCCAUGACACACUUUUUUGUGGUGUGUAGACUGACUUUUGUAUUGAUUCAUCCCUCCCCUAUGAUAUGCAGUGUGUAUUGCUGUAUCUUUAAAAUCAACUGCUGGGUGCUCAUUCAAGCUAUGCAGUGAGUCCAGCUGUGUGGCUUGGGUGAGGAUCUGGUUCUUGGGCCCUGUUUAGUAGAGCCAAUCAGCAUGUUGUCUUCUGAAAGUGUGGGAGAACGUCACUACAGCUAUCACCCUCAGGCCCCCUUAUGGACACUGCACUUGGGCAUCAACAGCGGACACUUGCUAAACUAAAGACUCUGGUAGACUGUAUGUUUUAAGCUUCCACUUCUAAAAACCGCCUUUUAGCUACUUUUCCAGUGUGAUCUGAGCUGUGUAUAUAUUUGAACCCCACUACUAGUCUGCCUCUUCUUUUUAGAGGAGAGUCCUCUCUCUCUUUUUUUAUUUUAGAAAAU